CGGAGCUCUCAACGCGCUCUCGUGCUGCUCCUGUUGCCGCUGGGUGCCUCUGCUGCCAGUGCUAAUCCUGCUGGAGGCGAAGAAAAGCACUUUGGGGGCAAAAGAAUGUUUGCUGUCAUUUGCAUGUAUUUGAGCCAGGAGCAAUGGGUUGUACAAAACAACUUCAGCAUCACCAUAAACUUCAGAGAAAUCGUUUCUCUCACAACAAAGGCAGCUCUGUGCAUGGCCUUCAGUUGGCUGCCUGGAAAAUGACUGCACUCGACAACUGCCAGAAGAGAAAAAUGAAGACAGGUCAUUUUGAAAUAGUCACCAUACUGCUGGCAGCCAUGAUUCUAGUGGACAUUUUCCAGGUGAAGGCUGAAGUGUUAGACAUGGCAGAUAAUGCAUUUGAUGAUGAAUAUCUGAAAUGUACUGACAGGAUGGAAAUUAAAUACGUUCCCCAACUACUAAAGGAGGAAAAAGCAAGCCACCAGCAAUUGGAUACUGUGUGGGAAAACGCAAAAGCCAAAUGGGAAGCCCGAAAGACUCAAAUUUUUCUCCCUGUGAAUUUUAAGGAUAACCAUGGAAUAGCCCUGCUGGCAUAUAUUUCCGAAGCUCAAGAGCAAACUCCCUUCUACCAUCUGUUCAACGAAGCUGUGAAGAUGGCUGGCCAAUCUCGAGAAGAUUAUAUCUAUGGCUUCCAGUUCAAAGCUUUUCACUUUUACCUGACAAGAGCCCUGCAGUUGCUGAGAAGACCUUGUAAGGCCAGUUACAAAAAUGUGGUGUAUAGAACAAGCCAGGGCACUUCAUUUACAUUUGGAGGGCUAAACCAAGCCAGGUUUGGCCAUUUCACCUUGGCAUAUUCAGCCAAACCUCAAGCUGCCAAUGACCAGCAAACUGUGUUGUCCAUCUACACAUGCCUUGGAGUUGACAUUGAAAUUUUUCUUGAUAAAGAAAGUGAAAGAAUUACUUUAAUACCUCUAAAUGAGGUUUUUCAAGUGUCACAGGAAGGGGAUGGCAAUGACCUCAUCCUUCAAAGCACAAACAAGACCUGCAGCCAUUAUGAGUGUGCAUUUUUAGGUGGACUUAAAACUGAAAACUGUGUGGAGAACCUAGAAUAUUUUCAACACAUCAAUGUCUACAACCCUGGUAAGAAGAAACAGAAGCUUGAAGACCAUGGUGAGAAAAACCAGAAACUUGAAGACCAUGGUAUGAAAAUCCUUGAACCCACCCAAAUACCUGGAAUGAAAAUUCCAGAACCUUUUCCAUUACCUGGAAUAGAAGUGAUACAACUGAAUGAAAAACCUGGUCACUAGAUUUUGCUGGGACUAGUGUGUUGUGCCGUCUCCUGGAAAACUGUGUGUAGGUUUUUAAAAGGUGAUGUGAAAACAGUACACAGGAUCUCAUUUAAUCCAAUAAGGUACAUGUUAUUGACACUUCAGAGAUGAGAACAUGGAACAUAAGCAGGUUAAGGAAUUUAUAAUAGGCUAGAAAGAGACACCCAAACUUUUCAAGCUCUGUUCACUUUGUGGUACACUUGUAUUCCAGCCAGAUUUAGUUAUUAACCCCUAUCCUGGGCUCCUAGAACUGGUAUUUGGCUUGAAAGCUGUUAAAAUUUGGUGCCAUCAUAAUAUUUCAAUGCUGGGCACACACUUGGUAGUACAGAUGGUCUCCAACUUACAUGGUUCUGUAAGAAUUAAAGAGGAAAGAAACAUGAAAAGGUGGCUUGCCAGUUAGGACAGAUUUAUUUUAGAGAAAACAAACCUGAGAGGCACCUUCUGGCAAGUUAGGUCAGAGGCACGCUCUCUUACAGACUAAGAGUUUUUAAGAAUUCAUGGUGGGAGAGUCUGUCAGAGGCUUGAACUGCUUCUGUGUCUCUUUGUUGUGCUUAUCUGGGAGGAAGAGUUGUGUGUCUGUCCCAUACAUCUUUCUACAGCUGCAGGCAUAUCCCCAAGUCUGCUUUUAGCUUCCCUAUCUUAGUGCACCUGAAGGGAAAGGAAUGUGCUUUUUAAGGCCCACUUUUUACUGGGGCCCAUUAUAUGAGGGUGAAGUUUGGCAGUUACCCAAGAGACUUUCCUGCCACCUCCUUCUGUGCCCAAGCUGUUUUAUUUGUGUUUUACUGUUUGCUCUUUCUGGACACCCGUAGUUAGAACAGAAGUGAUUUCCCUGAAAUGCAUUAGUCUAGAAAGCGAACUAGAACUUAAAGUGAUGGUGAUUGUCUGAGAUGACAGUGCUCCUGCUCUGUCAGGUUCAGCUUAGGAUUUGUCGACUUUGCAAUGGUCUGAAAGCCAUACACAUUCAGUAAAAACCAUACUGUGAAUGCCUAUAUCAUUCUCUUUUUCAUGUUCUGUACAUUAUUCAAUAGAUUACAUGAGAUAUUCAACAUUUUAUUAUCGAAUAAGCUUUAUGUUCAGUGAUUUUGCCCAACUGCAGGCUCAUGUAAGUGUUCUGAGCACAUUUAAGGUAGGCUAGGUUAAGCCAUGAUGUUCUUGUAGAUUGGGUGUGUUAAAUGUAUUUUCAGCUUACAUUGGAUUUAUUGAGACACAACUCCACCAUAAGUUGAAGAGCACUUGUAUAGCACAGUAAUUCAGAGCAAAUUUGAAAUUAGAUAUUUCUAGCACCAGUUAACUCUGAUUUUAUGCAUGGCAUCCCUCAAAACAUUGCAUAAACGUUUUAAGGAAUAGCUAUGAAAUGUGGAUAAUUAUACUGGCCUAAUAAGACUGUUAAGAAGUAAAGGUGACAAUGUACAUAAGCAUUUGCACAAUGCAUGGCACACAGUAAACUCUCAAUGAAUUGUAGUUAUUCAUGUUGUACUUGGGAAUCUGAGUUCAAUAUGUAGAAAAUACGUUUUUGUAAACAAAAUUUUAACUUUUAUUUUAAUGUAAACACAUAUUGAUGGUUAAAAAAAAUUCAAAGAGCACAGAUGAGUACAAAUUAAACCCUUCCCCCAACCCCACACAUACCCGUAAACUGAUUACCCUGCCCUUCAGACCCACUCCCAGAGAUAACCAAGUUUGCUUAAUUUUUAAUCAGAUCUUUGUCUUCUGGAUGAACAGAUGUACAGUGUAAUUAA